CGAAGACGUGUUAACGAUUUGCUGUAAUAUAUCGACUACUUCGACUAGAAAAUGUUAUGUUGUUUUUCUGGUAUCCAAGGAAGAUAGUGACAUCUACAUACUCUGACGUUGCUCUGGUGUUACAUGGUGAUCAGCGCAUCUGAUAUAGAUAAGUGAAGCUGCUAUUUCGUUACCAUGUGCGAAUAAUGACAUUAUUACUGCUCUUGUAAAACAACAAUAGAAAUAUGCCAGUGUAUUAUACCGGUUUAAAUGCCAGUCCGCUCUUUUCCAAUCAGGAUGGAAUUAUCACAUCAAUAGCACAUUUGACUCAGAUUCCAUUUGCUGGAGUCACAGAUAUUGAGAUUAGUUGGAAUUAUUUUCUUUUCUGGCAGGAUACAAAAUUAUAUAUUACUGGAAAAAUCAGUGAUAACAAUGAUAAAAAUAAUCCUCGUUUAAUUCAAAUUCCAGAGGAAUCAUCAGGAAGUUGUAAAAUAGCUAUUCCUGGUCGAGAAAGUGUAAUUAUUUUAUCAACACAUAAUGAAAUCUGGAAAUAUAAAGUAUAUGAUGACUCUUGGCAAAAAGUGACACCUUUUAUUCCCAGCAAUGAUAAUACACUGCCUGAAUAUGCCAUCAAGUUAUCACAAGCAGGAUGUACAGUAGUUCUAACUAAUUUAGGACGUGUAUUUAAUGCUCCACUUUUGGUUAAAAUGCCAAAAAGAGUCAAGUUCGUUGAUCUUGUCUGCGGUUAUGAUCAUACCAUUUUAUUAGCAGAGAAUGGUGAUGUUUACUCAAUGGGGAUGGGAAUACGUGGUCAGUUAGGGCACAAUGAAUUGGAAAAUUGUGAUGAUCCGAAACUCAUCGAGGCCUUAGCAGGUCUGAAGAUAGUACAAGUAUCAGCGGGUGGUUGGCAUACCGCUGCAGUCACCGAUCAAGGUGAUUUGUAUACUUGGGGGUGGAAUUCAAAUGGAGAACUAGGAAUUGAAAGCAAAAACAAAAGAGUUCACGCUACUCCAACUUUAGUGGAUUUUAAAAAUGACAAAGGGGAAACUAUAGAAAUUAAUGUAAAAAAAGUUGAAUGCGGAAGUUCUUUUACUAUAUGUUUAACAGGUAUAAUAUACACUUAUUAAUAUAUAUUACUUC